GACGAGGACCCCGCCGGGCGCCCUCGGCGCGGUAACAAUUAUUUUGACCCUGUGUGCUUCUUCUGCAGAAACAAUGGAUGCUAGGUCUUCCUUUCUCUUUUGGUUCUUACACUAGGGAGACAAUACGGAAGUAUAGAUUUCUGAGCAGGCCAAGUUUCCCUGUCUGUGUUCACCAUAUCCCUGAUCAAAGGCUCCUUCCAGAAGAUGCAGUAUUUCCUGGUACUAAAAGAAUUAGUCAACUAAAUGAAUAAAAAAUUUUCUUACACAAGUAAAAAUUUUCACAUUCCAAGUACCUUGUUGGCCCAUAAUUUGUGUCUUGAAAUCUGAGGAUUCCACCAAGAUAAUAUGACAGGAACCUUCAGUGCUUUGGGGCCGUAUUCUUAGACUAGUGCGGGACUUCCAGGUUUACUGAGAGUUUGGUACAGAAGCACACACUGCUGGUUAACUGCCACAGGCAAUAAUGCCAUCUCUGCCCCAAGAAGGAGUUAUACAGGCGCCCUCUUCCCUGAAUCUGAAUACAGAAUUAUCUUAUCAAAGCACCAUGAAAAGGAAAGUCAGAAAGAAGAAAAAGAAGGGAAUCAUUACAGCAAAUGUUGCUGGGACAAAGUUUGAAAUUGUUCGUUUAGUGAUAGAUGAAAUGGGAUUUAUGAAAACUCCAGAUGAAGAUGAAACAAGUAACCUUAUAUGGUGUGAUUCUGCUGUUCAGCAAGAAAAGAUUGCAGAGCUACAAAAUUACCAGAGGAUCAACCAUUUUCCAGGAAUGGGGGAGAUCUGUAGAAAGGAUUUCUUAGCAAGAAAUAUGACCAAAAUGAUCAAGUCUCUUCCUCUGGAUUAUACUUUUGUUCCUCGAACAUGGAUCUUCCCUUCUGAAUAUACUCAAUUUCAGAAUUACGUGAAAGAAUUGAAGAAAAAACGGAAGCAGAAAACCUUCAUAGUAAAACCAGCAAAUGGUGCAAUGGGUCAUGGAAUUUCUUUGAUAAGAAAUGGGGAUAAACUUCCAUCUCAGGAUCAUCUGAUCGUUCAAGAAUAUAUUGAAAAGCCAUUCCUAAUGGAAGGUUACAAGUUUGAUUUACGAAUUUAUAUUCUUGUAACAUCAUGUGAUCCACUAAAAAUAUUUCUUUACCACGAUGGACUUGUGAGAAUGGGCACAGAGAAGUACAUUCCACCUAACGAGUCUAAUUUGACCCAGUUAUACAUGCAUCUGACCAACUACUCUGUGAACAAGCAUAACGAGCGUUUUGAACGGGAUGAAACUGAAGACAAAGGCAGCAAACGCUCCAUUAAAUGGUUCACUGAAUUUUUACACGAAAAUCACCACGAUGUCGCCAAGUUUUGGAGUGAUAUUUCAGAGCUGGUGGUAAAGACCCUGAUUGUAGCAGAACCUCAUGUCCUACACGCCUAUCGAAUGUGCAGACCCGGUCAACCUCCAGGAAGUGAGAGUGUUUGUUUCGAAGUUCUGGGAUUUGACAUUUUGUUGGAUAGAAAACUAAAGCCAUGGCUUCUAGAGAUUAAUCGAGCCCCAAGCUUUGGAACUGAUCAGAAAAUAGACUACGAUGUCAAGCGGGGGGUGCUGCUGAAUGCGCUGAAACUCCUAAACAUCAGGACCAGUGAUAAGAGGAGAAACUUGGCCAAGCAAAAAGCGGAGGCUCAAAGGAGGCUUUAUGGUCAAAAUUCAAUAAAGAGGCUCUUACCAGGCUCAUCAGACUGGGAACAGCAGAGGCACCAGUUGGAGAGGAGGAAAGAAGAGUUGAAAGAGAGACUCGCUCAAGUACGAAAGCAGAUUUCACGAGAAGAACACGAAAACCGACAUAUGGGGAAUUACAGAAGAAUUUAUCCUCCUGACGAUAAAGCACUACUUGAAAAGUAUGAGAACUUGCUGGCUGUUGCCUUUCAGACCUUUCUUUCAGGCAGAGCAGCUUCAUUCCAGCGAGAGCUGAAUAAUCCUUUGAAAAGGAUGAAGGAGGAAGAUAUUUUGGAUCUUCUGGAACAAUGUGAAAUUGAUGAUGAAAAGUUGAUGGGAAAAACUACCAAGCACCGAGGACCUAAGCCUCUGUGUUCUAUGCCAGAGAGCACUGAGAUAAUGAAAAGACAGAAGUACUACAGCAGUGACAGCAGUUAUGAUAGUAGCAGCAGUUCUUCCGAAUCUGAGGAAGAUGAGAAAGAAGAAUAUCAAAAUAAGAAAAGAGAAAAGCAAGUUACAUAUAACUUUAAGCACUCCAGCCACUGCAAAUUAAUUCAACAAUCCAAUUCCAUGAGGCGUUCGGUCAGCUGCCCUCGGUCCAUUUCUGCUCACUCACCUUUCAGUGGGGACACGCGCCCCUUUUCUGCUCAACAAAUGAUAUCGGUACCACGGCCAACUUCAGCAUCUCGGUCACAUUCCUUAAACCGGGCUUCCUCCUACACAAAGCAGCUGCUUCACAGCAAUGAUGCUGGCUCUUCCAGCUCUCAGGUGAGUGAGUCUUUCCGGCAACUGAAAACCAAAGAACAAGAAGAUGCACUAACAAGUCAGACCUUAUUUGUUCUCAAGGACAUGAAGAUCCGGUUUCCAGGAAAAUCAGAUGCAGAAUCAGAACUUUUGAUAGAGGACAUCAUUGAUAACUGGAAGCAUCAUAAAACAAAAGUGGCUUCAUAUUGGCUCAUAAAAUUGGACUCUCUAAAACAACGGAAAGUUUUGGACAUAGUGAAAACAAGUAUUCGUUCAGUUCUUCCACGUAUCUGGAAGGUACCUGAUGUUGAAGAAGUAAACUUAUAUCGGAUUUUCAACCGAGUUUUUAAUCGCUUACUCUGGAGUCAUGGCCAAGGACUAUGGAAUUGUUUCUGUGAUUCAGGAUCCUCCUGGGAGAGUAUAUUCAGUAAAAGCCCGGAGGUGGUGACUCCUUUGCAGCUCCAGUGUUGCCAGCGCCUGGUUGAGCUGUGUAAACAGUGCCUGCUAGUGGUUUACAAAUAUGCAACAGACUCCAGAGGAUCCCUCUCGGGCCCUGGUCCUGACUGGGGUAACUCCAGGUAUUUACUACCAGGGAGUACCCAAUUCUUCAUGAGAACCCCAACCUACAACAUGAAAUACAAUGCAUCUGGAAUGACUCGAUCCAAUGUUUUGUUUACAUCCCGAUAUGGCCAUUUGUGAAAUCCAAGGGAAGAUUGCUGUAGGUUAUGCAUAAUAGUAAUUCAUUUAUUUCCUCAAGUUGAAACUGAAAAGAAAGUGACCAUUAAGUGCUGUUCUAUGUAUAUAUGACAUGUAUAUGUGUGAAAAUACAUACACACAUUCACUCAAAUAACAUAUAUAUUUAUUAUAAUAUAUGAAAGAAUUAGCAGAAGACUGAAUGUAAGAGUUAGCCUUUCUGAAAAUGUAAUAAACUAUGUUAAAUGUUUACAUAAAUAUGUGAAUGUCUACAGUUUGCUAGGUUUAUAAUUGAGUCCUUCCUGCUAGAAAUGUUAUUUUUGCUGCAGAAUAUAUAAAAAAAGAAUUGAUACUAAAGAUCCCAUUACAGUGUUAAAUUAUUUUUUAGACAACACAGCUUUUAACUUAAAGCAUUGAUAGUAUAAUACCUUAUUAUUUCUCUUAUUCAUAUUAACUAUUUAGAAUAAAACACAAAAGAUUUAGAAGCCUGGUGUUCCUUGACGAUAGAAUUAAAUAUAAAAUGGGUUUAUCAUUAUUGUAGCACACUGUACAUUACUAGAAUAAUUCCAGCCUGAUUCUCCAACAUUUUAAUUCCUCUGUGUGAAAAUAUAGCUACUUGUAAUAAUGUGCAUUUUAGUGUGGUAAGAUCAUAUUAUGAUCUAAAGUGGAAGACAAUCCAUUUGGUUAAAAGUAAAAUGUAAAUUCACAUUUAUUUUUACUUUUCAUAGGGAGUCACAUAAAGGAAUAGAAAAUAUGGUACUGACAGAAUCUUUCUGUAUGACUUUUGUCUCGUGCCACUCAGUUUUAUUUGGAAAAUAUCUUUCAUGGGCUUGAAUAUAUGUUUAAAUGUAAUUCUCCUGCAGAAGAGUUGACAUGACAAACUCAUUCUGGUAUUAUAGGAUAAUAAUGUGUUACACUUAUGAAGUCUGACAAUGUUGAGGCCAGUUUACAUUUGUUUCUCAUUGUACCACAGAAAAUAAUCUAGAGGAUUGUGAACAGAUAAUUCAAAUGACCUAUUACUGGCUGUUGAGUACUUGAAGGUUGUUUUGAAAAUCAAUGUACAGCAUCAUUUUGUCCAAUAUUAUCAUGAAAAAGUUUCAUAGCAAUGUACUUCCUUUUCUUGCUUACAGUCUUUUUAAAACCAAUGAAUGAGCUUUCAAUUUUUCAUAAAAAUGUAAAUAAUGGCAUAGAUUGUGCUCCCUAGAAAGACCAAUAUUCACCUUUUUAGAAAUGUAUUUAAACUUCAUUCUCAAAUGGCUUUUCUCAUAGAUAAUUAUUUAUAAAAUUCACAAAUGUGCUUUAACUCCUUUUAAUAUCGUAAAAGGUAUUUCUGCUAAAUCAAGAAGUAGCCCAAAGCAUAACUGAGGCAGGGAAUUGGCUUGUUUUCAUUCACAGGUUGGAGAGCGGGCAACCCAAAGUUGCAAGUUACAUAACUUUUGAUUUUAAAGUCGUUUUCUGAGAGUGUUAGCCCACAAGAGUUGGAAUUUUCCCAAGUCAUUGCUAGUUACCUGGUUCUUUAGGACUACCUAGCAUCCACAUUCCAGUGGACUUUUUUUGCUGGUGCAUUUCCAAAUAAUCUGCUGUCGUCUCUAUGGAAGAAGGUUAAGGCUGUCAGGAUGAAGGAAGUUAGUGUAAUUAUGUGACUCCAUAAAUUCUUAAAGAUGCUGCAGAUUUCUUAGAAUAAUGCAAAAUUGGAUAUUUUGAAAUUAAUAGAUGAAUGAUCAAUGCUAAGUCAUUUUGUGGAGUAAUUUUAAUCAUUUGUUAUUGUAAUUCAUGAUUUGGCCAGGAAGGAGACCCAACUUGAAAUGGCUGAUAAAUAGUAUAAACCCAGUUUGUUGGCCAUGUACUUACUUUAGCUUAAAUCCAAAUGCUUCUUUAAUUUACUAGACCAUAGGCUUUAGAACUUUGAUCUUUAGUUGUAGAAAAGUGAGAUGUGGUUUAAAACAAAUGAGAAUAUCUUAACAGUGGGAGGAAGCCUCUCCAGAAAUACAGGCACAUACACACACACACACACACACACACACACACACACACACACGUGCAUGUGCGCAAUUGAAAGCUACAAGUAAAUUUAAAUGUACACAACUACUCAACUGUUCGAUGAACACGUUUCAUUUCUCUAGCUACUUAAGUCUGGUCUUGCUUUAAGCACUAGAUUUUUGUUACUCACAUUUGCCUAUUUUUACUGAUCUAGUGUGAUAUAGUGAAGUUACAGAUAAAAACCAUGUCCUCAUUAUUUACAUAUACUCCCCAGUAAACUGUGGACUGUGGCUGCUAUCCUGCCAUUCUCUGAUGAGCAACUAAGAGAGGACAUAAUAAUGAUUCGAGGAAGUCUCAAGAGGCCAUAGCAAUGUUUUAGAUAUACAAAAUAUUUCUUAGUUUUAAUUACAAAUUUUUUUCAUAGGAUUAAAACAUAUCAGCCUAAGUGACAAUGCAGGUCUCACUCUCGCCCUCUUUCUCUCAUAAGAACAAAUAGCUAACAUAUUUGAAAAACUCUGAAGCUAUUUAAUCUCAUCAGAGAUUUUAGAAGGUAAUUUGCUUUACUUAAAAUGGAAUACAUCUUCAUUCUGUUAUAGGAAAGUGUACCCCUACUCAUUUUGUAAAUCUAAGAGCAAAUCCUUUCUACAUUUAAGAUUGGGAUGAUUCCCAGAAUUGCCUACGAAACAAGUUUUUUAUUUUAAAUCAUCACCCCCAAAUAAAGUCUGAAACUACAAAUUAGUUUUCACCUUGUAAUCUAGCCUUGUACAUUAGUUACCAUUUCCUUCAUAUACUUGGUUGAAGGAAAUGGUAUGCAAUUGGUUGAAGGUACCAUUGUGAUUCAUAUAUUGAUUAGUUUUACUAGCAACAAGUUUUAUUGCAUUAGCAUUUUAUUAACCUUGAAUAUGUAAAGUGAAAUUGUAACAAGAUUAAAUAUGGAGAUGACAUGAGGAACCUUUGUCUAGUACAUAGUUGAAUAUCCGUUGUUAUCUGUGAGAUGCAAAGACCAUACAGAUUUUAUAUGUGUCUAAAUUAGGUCUAAAUAUGCAAAAAUUUCCACUAGUUUCUUCUCCCUAAAAUUAAAAUGAAACCAAACCCAAUCAAGAAAACACUUUGUUUUCAUCGUAUAGUCAUGCAGAAUUAGAUAAUAGCAACUUCUAGUCAUCAAGAAAAGGAUUUCAUUUUCUCUUUGAGUAGCUGAGUAUAGAAUUUUGUUAUCUAAUUUGAAAUUUCAGAUAGCUUAAUAUAAAUUAUCCAAAUGCUUCCUUUUUUAUCAUAUCAAAGUCAUGUUGUGUAAAAACUCGUAACUCUAAAUAUAUAUAUAUCACCGAACCUUGUCAAAGUACCAAAAAAUUGAUACUUGCAUAAACUUCAUUUGAUCUUCUGUGAAACACUGAUUCAUUCUUAAAUGUAUAUUCUUUCUUAAAAAAAAAUAGGAAAUACCUCGAGUGACAGAAAUACUUUCCUUUUAUGUUUUAUAAUUCUAACUUACGUUUGAGUCUUAGUUUUCUUGACUGUAAGAGUUAAACAAUAAAAAGUAUAACUAUACAAUUUCUUGUGAUCCUGUGACCUGAUAAUUUUUGAAUAUUUGCUUUUGUCUUAAAAUGGAGAAAUUUGAGUUGUCAAGGCCAUUAAUUAUCUAAACCUUAGUUAUUAUUUAAAUGCUUUGACUGAUGUUAACUUAUAAAUAAAUUGAAAAUUUAGAAGUAUAUUCACGAUGAAAAUUGUAUUCCUUACACCACUCCUACGUCUCCUUAUUCUCCUCUAACUUUCCUUCGAACUUUGCAUGGACAAAAUUAAAAGAAGAGAAAUCCUGCCUUUUAAACAUUUUUCCUUGAAGUGUGUGCUGUGCUUUUGUCUGGGCAGCAAUAAAAUUUAGACAAAUAUGUUAUUGGACCAAGUUCACUUUGCUGUAAUUUUUAGGAAGCAGGUUGAAGUUUCCAUGUCUAAAAUAUCACCAAUUCCCUGGAUCCAUGUAUAAAGCAAGGUUUACUGCUGUAAAUAACACUAUUGCAGCCCCAAAAUUGGUACAAUAAAACAGAAUGCAUAGUUUGA